AUGUGGAACAAGGGCUCGGUCACUGCCUUCUACUGUGUCCUGUGCCACCCGGGCUCCUUAGCCCUGGGGACCUUCUCCUUGGCUUUCCUGGCUAGGAACCUGCCUGACACCUUCAGCGAAGCCAAGUUCCUGACCUUCAGCAUGCUGGUGCUCCUCAGUGUCCGGGUCACCUUCCUCCCCAUCUGCCACAGCACCAAGGGCAAGGUCAUGGUGGCCGUGGAGAUCGUCUCCAUCUUGGCCUCCAGUGCUGGGCUCCUAGGCUGUAUCUUUGCCCCAAAGUGCUAUAUUACCCUCCUAAGACUUGAGAACUCGCUGAAAGGUUUAAAGUAUCAAAUAGAUUCUAAGAGAAAUCUGCAUUCAGGUUUAUCUCAUAAUAAGUUGCUAUUACACUUGGCUUUUGAACAGUAUACCAGAUAG